UCUGUUUAGAUCCUCCAAAGAGCAUCUCAGUGUCCAUCAGUCCAUCUGGUGAAAUAAUGGAGGGAGGUUCAGUGACUCUGAGCUGCAAUAGUGAUGCAAAACCACCUGCAGAAAUCAGCUGGAUUAAGAAAGAAAAUGCUGUAGAAUCUGGAAGAAUCUACAGCAUCUCAAAGAUCAGAUCUGAUCACAGUGGAGAAUACAAGUGCACAUCCAGAAAUAAAUAUGGAGAGAAAGACUCUGAUGCUGUGAUGCUGAAUGUGAUGUAUGCUCCAAGAAAUGUAGUGGUGAUCCUUAAUCCAUCUGGUGAAAUAGUGGAGGGAGAUUCAGUGACUCUGAUCUGCAGCAGUGACUCAAAACCCUCCUGCUCUGAACUUCAGCUGGUUUUAAGGAGAAUCAAAGCUCAGCUGUUGGAUCUGGACAGAGUUUUCAUCAUCUCCAGCUUUAACUCCAGUCACAGAGGACGCUACUAUUGUGAGGCUCAGAAUAAACAGGGAUAUCAGAGAUCAGCGUCUGUUUCAGUCUCUGUUAAAGAAAGCAGCUCAUCUCUGAUCAGGGUCACAGUGGGAAUCUCUGCAGCUGUUGUCUUGACGUCUGUGAUUCUGGUGUUUAUCAUCGGGCUGUUGAUCAGAAGGAAGCGAGUGACUCCAUCAGAAGAGCAGAAGCACAGAGGAUCAGGACACAAGACGGUGAGUAAAUCUCCUCAUGUAUCUUCUCAUCUGUGUCUGUCAGUUCUGGAGGGAGAAUGA